AUGGCCGCAUCUAUUCUGGAGGUAGGGAAUGUAAUUGAAGACGCACGCUAUGGCUCCAGUCCUCUGGCUAUGUUAACUGCUACCUGUAACAAGUUUGGCAGCACAAGCCCCGUCAGGGAUUCGGCUACACCAGGUAAAAUUGGCAGCGCUAUUCCAGUAAAGAAGUCCUACACCAUGACCUCUGACCUUCAGGCAUCUAAGAACGGACGGACCGCAGACGGCAGUGGCCUGGCAGACUCCUACACUGGCUCCUUCACCACAGCUGGAGGAGGAGGAGGUGGCGGGCUGCUUACCCCCACUGGAAGCCCCCCUCCUUCAGCCGGAGGCUACACUACAGAAUAUAACCCUUUCUCCCACUCCUUCCAAACCUCCAUCUCCCAGGACCCGUCUCUUUUAGUGUCCAAGGCCCACGCUACGGCUGACUGCCUCACCAGUGUCUACACCUCGCUGGAUAUGACACACCCCUAUGGCUCCUGGUAUAAAGCCGGUAUCCACCCUGGUACUCCGGCUAAUGCCACAUCCUCCUGGUGGGAUGUCCACCCCAACUCCAACUGGCUGUCCUCAACCCAGCCCCAGGCGGACGGAGGUCUCCAAGCCUCCCUGCAGCCUGUGGCACCACAGGCCUCCCUUAGCCCACAGUUGUCCAGUUACAGCACCGACUUUACACAACUCAACUCGGCUCCUUACCCUUCUGUGGGGCUGGGUUCCUCCUCACACCUCCUCCAGCAAUCUCAGCACAUGCUGCCCCAGGACAUGUACAAGCCCAAGCCUGUGCCGAUGGAGAGUCCCAUGGGCCUAAAGCCUGCUCGGGGAUCAGGGGGCUACAGCGGAGGGGGUGCGCCCACCAGGUCCUCAUGUGACUGCCCCAACUGCCAGGAGCUGGAGAGGCUGGGGGCCUCGGCUGCAUCCCUGAGGAAGAAGCCAGUCCACAGCUGCCACAUCCCAGGCUGUGGGAAAGUCUACGGCAAGGCCUCCCACCUCAAAGCCCACCUGCGAUGGCACACUGGCGAGCGACCCUUUGUUUGCAACUGGCUGUUCUGCGGGAAGCGUUUCACCCGCUCAGACGAACUGGAGAGGCAUGUGCGCACCCACACGCGGGAGAAGAAGUUCACCUGUCUACUGUGCAACAAGCGUUUCACACGCAGCGACCACCUUUCCAAGCACCAGAAGACCCAUGCAGAUUCUGCAAUGCAGGGUAAAGCUGUAGCUGUGGAGGGAGAGACAGAUCCUCGGAGUGAGGAGACCACAGAGCUCAACGCCAGCGCAGUGCCCACCAAUACUGUCACUGACCAAAUCACCAACGGAGAUGAGAAGACUGGCACACCUAAUGGAGUGGAGAACAGCAGUGGACUGUUGGAGAUCUGA